AUGCUGGGAUUGUCCUGGGAAUUGGAUCUGGGGUUGUCGGGAUUGGACUGGGAAUUGGAUCCGGGAUUGUGCUGGGUCAGAACUGGGUCUGGGAUUGGAUUUGGAAUUGGAUCUGGGAUUGUCCUGGGAAUUGGAUCCAAGAAUGCUGGGAUUGUCCUGGGAAUUGGAUCCGGGAUUGUCCUGGGAAGGGGCUGGGAGUUGGAUCCGGGAAUGCUGGGAUUGUCCUGGGAAUUGGAUCUGGGGUUGUCGGGAUUGGACUGGGAAUUGGAUCAGGGAUUGUCCUGGGAAGGGGCCGGGAGUUGGAGCCAUGGUUGUCCUGGGAAAGGGAAUUGGGUCUGGGAUUGUUGGGAUUGUCCUAGGAAUUGGAUCCGGGAUUGUCCUGGGAAGGGGCUGGGAGUUGGAUCCAGGAAUGCUGGGAUUGUCCUGGGAACUGGAUCUGGGAUUGUUGGGAUUGUCCUGGGAAUUGGAUCUGGGGUUGUCGGGAUUGGACUGGGAAUUGGAUCAGGGAUUGUUGGGAUUGAUUGUCCUGGGAAGGGGCCGGGAGUUGGAGCCAUGGUUGUCCUGGGAAAGGGAAUUGGGUCUGGGAUUGUUGGGAUUGUCCUGGGAACUGGAUCCGGGAUUGUCCUGGGAAGGGGCUGGGAGUUGGAUCCAGGAAUGCUGGGAUUGUCCUGGGAACUGGAUCUGGGAUUGUUGGGAUUGAUUGUCGUGGGAAUUGGAUCCAGGAAUGCUGGGAUUGUCCUGGGAAUUGGAUCCGGGAUUGUUGGGAUUGAUUGUCCUGGGAAUUGGAUCCAAGAAUGCUGGGAUUGUCCUGGGAAUUGGAUCCGGGAUUGUCCUGGGAAGGGGCUGGGAGUUGGAUCCGGGAAUGCUGGGAUUGUCCUGGGAAUUGGAUCUGGGGUUGUCGGGAUUGGACUGGGAAUUGGAUCAGGGAUUGUCCUGGGAAGGGGCCGGGAGUUGGAUCCGGGAUUGUCCUGGGAAGGGGAGUUGGGUCUGGAGUUGUUGGGAUUGGACUGGGAACUGGAUCCGGGAUUGUCCUGGGAAGGGGCUGGGAAUUGGAUCUGGGAAUGCUGGGAUUGUCCUGGGAACUGGAUCCGGGGUUGUUGGGAUUGA